AUGUCUUCACAGGACGAGCAUCAUAUCACUAGCAGCCGCUCAGAGAUACCUCAAACCGUUGGGCAAGUGACACCACCAGACUUAGCUGUCUCUGGGCUACAAACAACAAUCUUCGAACCUCGGUUGCUGCAGGGCCAGGGAGGCAUGAAGCUUGUCCACAACAGCUUGUGGUCAAGAGUGGCCGAAGAGAUCCACGACGCAGGGGGCCCACUUGAAGAAGACUCAACAGACAACACAAGCGAGGAUGAGCCGUCCCAUGAUGAUUUUGCUUACGUUCUAGGCCGCAACGCAACCGUGACUAUAUCCUCACACCCACCCCCUCAACUCAUCAAUCAAUUAUGGCAGAUUUUCAUUAGAAACGUUAAUCCACUUACGAAGGUGGUGCAUGUACCAAGCCUUCAGUGUGCAAUAGAGAAAGCAACCAACAGUAUCGAACAUAUCCCGAGAGGAUUUGAAGCACUCAUGUUCGCCAUAUAUACCACCGCUAUUUUGUCGCUUACACAGGACGAAUGCAAACAAAUACUAGGGGAGACCCGAGCGAUACUGCUUCCCCGUUACGUUGCUGCUACAAAAGCAGCCUUAUCUCGUGCAAGAUUUAUGAGCAGUACUAGCCUUGUGGUCUUGCAGGCACUGGUACUCCACAUUCUUUCCAUCCGAGACAGCUACGAACCCCGUGCUGUGUGGAGCCUCACUGGAGCUGCAAUUCGCGUUGCAGAAGAGUUGAGUGGUCAGCCAAAGUUCCGAGACUUCGAACUCGAUGAUAGCACCCCUAAAAUGCCCGCUAACGUCAACGAUAGCGACCUGUAUCCUGCAAUGUCACGAGCAGCUGUUGAGUCGGGAAGACCAACAGAGAUGAUAUGGUGCAUGGUCAGAUCGGCGAUGGCCACUUUCGCGGCUGGACAGACAGCAAAAAUGGCCAAACUACGAAAAGUCGCGCUUACCUGUGAUGAAUACGCUGCUAUGGACGACUUGGAGCGAAGGGACAAUUUUAUCAAUGGGAUCCAAGACAUGUUGGAGACAAAGUACCUGCAAUUUUGCGAUCCAGCUAACCCCCUACAACUUAUGGCCCUUGUUGGUGGUGGUCGAACAGCAACAAAUCUUGUCCGAUUUAUGGCUCACCAUCCACGCCGAUGGGCCUACCAGGACAAUGUGCCAGAAUCAGAACGAAAUUUUGUCUGGGGAGUCGUUACUCGGCUCCUAGAGCAGUACAACAUGAUGCAGUCACACCAACAUCUGAAGCGUUUCGCUUGGCACGUGCCCUACUUCAUCCAAUGGCACGCUGUCAUCCACAUCCUGGACACGCUCCGAGCAGACCCCUUACACAGUGACGCUCAGAGAGUUUGGCGGCUCAUCGAUAUCUUGUUCGAAAACAAUCUAGAAAUCUUUCUGGGUAUCAACAGGCCAAUCAUCGCGGCGGUCGGCAAUCUUUGUUUGAAAGCAUUUGGCUCUCGCGAAGCCGUUUUGAGGGCCGAGAAAAAAAGUUGCUCCCAUCCGCCGGAAUACAUUACCAAGCUUCGGGAACAACGAGAUGCAGCAAAAGCAAGAAGAGAAGCAUUGACUAAGAGCAAGGGAGAUUGA